UUUUUGAUAGACAUUAAUGACUGUGUAAAUCACACUUGUCAAAACGGUGGUUCUUGCGUGGAUAGCAUCAACAAUUUCACGUGUAACUGCCUUAAGGGGUAUACUGGAAGUUACUGCGAGACAGGUAUGCCGCUUUGAAGCAAAAAAUUGCCUUUCUCAUUAAAUACAAAUUUAACCAUUAGAAUACUUGAAACAAUUUGAUUUGCAUUUCUACAAGGUCACUGCGUUAUAAAUUAUACUUCUAUGUUUUUGUCAGACAUCGACAACUGUGUUCAUCACACAUGUCUAAAUGGUGGGUCGUGUGUAGAUGGUGUAAACAAUUACACGUGCAGGUGUAAUGCAGGAUUUAAAGGCGAUCGCUGCGAGACA